AAUAGCUCGGUUUCUGUAUAUAAGCUGACUGCCGGACCAGUAGCUAUCACAGUUGACUUCGCCUUCUCAGCAGCAACCACAGCUACCAAACCACUAAAAAUGGCUUUCAAGUUCAUCGCCCUCUUCGCCCUGAUCGCCGCCGCCAACGCUGGCGUCCUGCCCGCCGCCCAGGUCUACCACGCCGCCCCCGCCGUGGCCACCUAUGCCGCUCCUGCUGUGGCCGCCUACGCCGCUCCCGCUGCUGUGGUCAAGACUGUGGCCCACGCCCCGGUGCUGACCAAGGCCACCGAGGAGUACGAUCCCCAUCCCCAGUACAAAUAUGCUUACGAUGUCCAGGACUCCCUCUCCGGAGACUCCAAGAGCCAGGUGGAGGAGCGUGAUGGCGAUGUUGUCCGCGGCGAGUACUCUCUUAUCGACUCUGAUGGCUUCAAGCGCACUGUCCAGUACACCGCUGACCCCAUCAACGGAUUCAACGCUGUUGUGAACCGUGAGCCCCUCGUCAAGGCCGUCGCCGUUGCCCCCGUUGUCAAGACCAUCGCCCCCGUGGCCACCUAUGCCGCCCCUGCCCAUUACGCCGCUCCUGCCAUCGUCAAGACUGUGGCUCCAGUUGCCCACUACGCCGCUCCUGCUGUCGUGAAGACCGUUGCCCCCGUGGCCCACUACGCCGCUCCUGCUGUGGUCAAGACCGUGGCCCCCGUUGCCCACUAUGCUGCCCCCGCUGCCUACACCUCGUACGCCGCCCCCGCUGUUGCCUACCACCACUAAGAACUGAUAUUUUCCCAAAAAAACCCCCCCUUUUGUUAUAGUUAUACGAACAUCCCCCUAAAAAAUAAACAAAUGUUUUU